AUGGUCCAAGGCCCCCUGUGGGUUUGUGGUGAUCCUGCCUUCUCCAGCUUACCUGUCUAUGUCUGGGUCCAUCAGCAAGGAGAUGGAUGGGAACUGGCGUGGGCUGGUGUGCGGCUGGUGCAGGAGCGGCUGCUCAUGAGCCUCUUGCCCCGGAAUGUCGCCAUGGAGAUGAAGGAAGACUUCCUGAAGCCCCCUGAGAGGAUUUUCCACAAGAUUUACAUCCAGAGGCAUGACAACGUGAGCAUCCUGUUUGCAGACAUCGUGGGCUUCACAGGUCUGGCAUCCCAGUGCACGGCCCAGGAGCUGGUGAAACUGCUCAACGAACUCUUCGGCAAGUUCGAUGAGUUAGCCACGAUAUUUCCAGGCUUGAUUCUCUCCGAUAUAAAACCAGCCAAGAGGAUGAAGUUCAAGACUGUCUGCUACCUGCUGGUGCAGCUCAUGCAUUGCCGGAAAAUGUUCAAAGCGGAGAUCCCCUUCUCCAACGUAAUGACCUGUGAGGAUGAUGACAAGCGGAGGGCGUUGAGGACAGCCUCGGAGAAGCUCAGAAACCGUUCGUCUUUCUCUACCAACGUGGUCUACACCACUCCGGGCACACGUGUCAACAGGUACAUUAGCCGUCUUCUUGAAGCCCGCCAGACAGAGCUGGAGAUGGCAGAUCUGAACUUCUUCACCCUGAAGUACAAACACGCUGAACGAGAGCAAAAAUACCACCAGCUUCAGGAUGAGUACUUCACCAGCGCCGUUGUCCUCGCCCUCAUCCUGGCCGCCUUAUUUGGGCUUGUCUACCUUCUGAUAAUUCCACAGAGUGUGGCUGUCCUGCUGCUGCUGGUGUUUUCUAUCUGCUUCUUGGUGGCCUGUAUCCUGUACCUGCACAUCACGCGGGUCCAGUGUUUUCCAGGGUGCCUGACGAUCCAGAUCCGCACUGUUUUGUGUGUAUUCAUAGUGGUCUUAAUCUACUCAGUAGCCCUAGGAUGCGUGGUGGGCUGCCUGCCCUGGGCCUGGAGUUCCCAGUCCAACAGCUCCCUAGUGGUCCUUGCAGCUGGCGGCCGGCGUACUGUGCUGCCUGCCCUGCCCUGUGAGUCUGCGCACCAUGCCCUGCUCUGCUGCCUGGUGGGCACCCUCCCACUAGCCAUAUUCCUGCGGGUGUCCUCCUUGCCAAAGAUGAUCCUGCUGUCCGGGCUGACAACAUCCUACAUCCUUGUUCUGGAGCUCAGUGGAUACACCAAGGUUGGGGGUGGUGCUCUCUCCGGGCGUAGCUAUGAGCCAAUCAUGGCUAUCUUGCUAUUCUCAUGCACACUGGCCCUGCAUGCCAGGCAAGUGGAUGUCAGGCUGCGGCUGGACUACCUCUGGGCAGCACAGGCAGAAGAGGAGCGCGAUGACAUGGAGAAAGUGAAGCUGGACAACAAGAGGAUCCUCUUCAACCUCCUGCCGGCCCACGUGGCGCAGCACUUUCUCAUGUCCAAUCCCCGGAAUAUGGACCUCUAUUACCAAUCCUACUCCCAGGUGGGCGUCAUGUUCGCCUCCAUCCCAAACUUCAAUGACUUCUACAUUGAGCUGGACGGCAACAAUAUGGGGGUCGAGUGCCUGCGGCUCCUCAACGAGAUUAUUGCCGACUUUGAUGAGCUCAUGGACAAGGACUUUUACAAGGACCUGGAGAAGAUCAAGACCAUUGGGAGCACCUAUAUGGCCGCCGUGGGGCUGGCGCCCACAGCAGGAACCAGAGCUAAGAAGUCCAUCUCUUCCCACCUGAGCACACUGGCAGACUUUGCCAUUGAUAUGUUUGACGUCCUGGAUGAAAUCAACUACCAGUCCUACAACGACUUUGUUCUCCGAGUUGGCAUCAACGUUGGCCCUGUGGUGGCUGGAGUGAUCGGCGCUCGCAGGCCCCAGUACGACAUCUGGGGGAACACAGUCAACGUGGCCAGUCGGAUGGACAGCACUGGGGUCCAGGGCAGAAUCCAGGUGACUGAGGAAGUCCACCGGUUGCUGAAGAGGUGCUCAUACCAGUUUGUGUGCAGAGGCAAAGUCAGCGUCAAGGGCAAGGGAGAGAUGCUCACGUACUUCCUAGAAGGCAGGACUGAAGGAAACAGUUCCCAUGGCAGGACCUUUCGCCUGGAGCGGAGAUUGUGUCCUUAUGGGAGAGGUGGAGGCCAGCCCAGACGGCCCCCACUGUGUCCUGCAGCUGGACCCCCGAUCAGACCGGGGCUUCCCCCAGCCCCCACUAGCCAGCACCUGCCGUCCACAGCAGCAGGGAAGGAAGCCUAGUGGAGCCCAUGGGCCACUGGAGAUGCAUGCAACGCAAGAGUGCUCCAGGGUGACACAAGCCACCGUGGCUCCAACCAAGACCAGCCAGAGGAGCAGUUGCCAAGCGACUUGGCUGAAGAAGAAGCAUCUUCUAGGUGUGGCUUGAGGCCAAUGGGAGAUGUGCCCAAGCCACCCACUUGGGGCAUACGGAGCCCUGUCUCUUCCUAGUGACCUGGUGAUGCCCGGCUAGUGUUGGCAUAUUGGGACCCUGGGAAUAUCUUCCACGGUCAUAGCAAAAACUAUGAAGGUCCAGAUGACAGAGGAGCCCACCAUGACCAAGCCUCAAGUCAACCUGGUUUAUGGGUGGCUCCAGCCCCUGAAAGCCCUGGUUUAUGGGUGGCUCCAGCCCUGGUGAGCCCUGGUUUAUGGGUGGCUCCAGCCCUGGUGAGCCCUGGUUUAUGGGUGGCUCCAGCCCUGGUGAGCCCUGGUUUAUGGGUGGCUCCAGCCCUCACAGGCCCUGGUUUAUGGGUGGCUCCAGCCCUCAUAGGCCCUGGUUUAUGGGUGGCUCCAGCCCUCGUUGGCCCUGGCUUAUGGGUAGUUCCAACCCUGGGUAGUAGUUUCGAGUACCAGACUGAGAAGUUGGCCCCGCUGGGCAGGGCCAUGACAGUUGAGCUAUUCAUACCACAGGCACAGCUUAGAGCUGGUCAGGUCUUGGACAGGACAGUACCGGAAGAAUUGAAAAGCCACCUCUUACUGCAUGAAGAGUAACGUUGCUGGCUUUCCUCAAGAGUAGGCUUUUGCUAACAGCCAGAGGCAGGUCUUCUGGAAUCCUCCGGGUCCCUACAGCCCCACUUCUAGCCUCCUGGCCUGUGCAUUCUCUUCCAACCCCACCUGCCUGCUGGAUUCUGACUCCCGUGACAGUGGGCCCUCCUCUUCCUGUGCCAUCGCUACGCAUUCAGAGAAGAGGGGUGUAUGCUGACUUGCCUUCUCUGUGGUGUCUUGGACACUGUGAGUGUAACAAGAAUCAAGCCUUCGUUUAUGCUAAGAGUGGUUGACCACCACGCUACCCACAAGCACUUUCUCUGCUGGAAGACAUCAUUUCUCUGGUAUAACCAUUCCUCUUCUUGGUGGCUUCAGAGUUGGCAGUGUGUGUUCCUGAGUCUUGGGUGUGGUGUCCCUGCUCCAGGGUGAAGGGAAAGAGUGUCCCUGUUGACACGGGGUGGGGUGGGGGUGGGGCUCUCCCAUCUCUGCUUCCCUAUGUCUGCAGCUGAGGUGAAAACCGCAAGUGUGGGGGACAGGAGCCUGGAAGAGCUGCUGGGAAGUGACGGGCCAGAAAUAGCUGGAUGAGAUCUGGAGAUACACAGCCUCACUCACAGGAAGGGAGGCAGCCUGCAAACAGAGCAGGUGGGCAUAGGCCCUACCUGCCAUGGCUGUGGAGGCCCAUCUUCUCAUGCUCCCCAAGGGCUUUCCCCCUUCCUAGGGUCCUGUCUUCUUAGACUGAGGCAGAGCAAAGCCCAGCCUGCAGCAGCAGGGAGCAUAUGUGGGGUUCCUAAUCCUCAACUCCGCGAUAGCUCAAGUGUGUGGCCCUGCCGGGGCCUGGGUAGGUCAGCCAGCUAUCCCUGAAAGACUCAGGUCGCGUGUUGGUAGGAAGAAAGUGUCAAGCGAGGGAGAGCCGGAGGCUCCUGCAGAGUCUCCCAGCAUCUGAGACUGUAGACUGCACUAUAGGCACCCUCGGGUGGGAGUGGGACAGCUGUAAGGACUGCACAUUCUCUCCGCGCUGGGGAGAUGAUGCUAAAGGGAGCCUCUGGCACUGUCUGCAGAGGAGCUCUGACCUGUGCCCACCCUGCUUUGUUGCCCUUCUGAUGAUGCCGGGCAAUGUGGCCAUCCUUUGCUGCCUUUCUGACAGCCUACUCUGGCUAGACCCCAGAGCGGGGCCCAGACCCACCUCAGCACCCCACUGUAGCCUUCAGGGCUGGAGAGCAGCUCGCUUCACCCUCUUCUGGUGGUCAUGUCUGGUUCCGGGGGCUUGGGAUUUGGGUAUAGCAUUGCUGGGGGAUGCUGACUCCAGUAGGGCAGAGGGCGGGGGAGAGUCUUUGCAUUUCUCCCAUGGUCCAGAAUUCCAUCAGAGAUUGCAUUUAUAGGAAAGUUUCAGACUGUUGAAGGGUGGGGCACUGAGGACAGAUUUCAUCUGAGCCAGAACCUGGCUAGGGCAGGCAACUCUCUGUAGCUCCCGCCUCCUGUCUGCUCUCUUGUUUGCCUAACCUUGGUACAAAUAGUUUUUCCUCAUGGGCUUUGUUUUCACUAGGACUUUGUUACCUACCUGUCUGUCUGUCUGUCUGUCUGUCUGUCUUAACCAGAUUUGAAGCAGUCAUCUUAGACAGGAGCACUCAGAGCAAGUGAGUACAUUGUGGCCCUGGUUCUGCGGGCUGUGAUGCUGUCCCCGGCCUUCUAGGUCAUUAAGGAUGGCAGAAACCCUCGAGCAUGGCCUGGGUUUUCUCAGAGUGGCUUCUGGGCCUCCAGAACUGCUGUCUUUCUGGGCUGUCCAGGUAAUGGACAGAGGGGUGGUUCUCAAAGAUGCUCACGUGAUAGUUCCAGGACCUGUGUGUUUGUUCUGUCAGUCAAGAAGCUUCACAAGGGGUCUUAGGGUAGCUGCUGAAGGAUGAGAAACUACACCUAGACUACAUCAGUGGGGUUGGUGCGGACACAUGGACUCUCAGAAGUCGACAGAAGGAUGGACAGGCUGAGAGAGGCAUGGAGCACACACUGAGGAGACCCAUGAGGACAGCACAGCUCCAGCCAAGCAAGAAGCCAGGAUGUCACUCCCACAACCACAGGGAACUGAAACUGGCCCUGAGUAAGCAGCAGGCAGAGCAUCAGAGCCAUCAGGGAGGAGCCCGGUGACACCCGGAUCUGACCUCUAAGACUCUGAGCAGAGCCAGCUGAGGGUAGUAGCACUGCACUCACACGGAGUGUGCAAAACGGAGGUUACAUGGGUGCUUGGGCAAAGCUACCCACGGCGUGAUCAGAGCAAGAGAAAGCAACCAUAGAGGUGACAUUGCCUUCUCUGGGCACAGAACCGUUCUGCAGUAGACCACACAGGAGCCUUGGCUGGGUCUCUUCUUCAGGGGCGACAUCUCCAUCAUCAGCAGUUCCAACCCCGCCUACUUCUUGUGAGGUCAGGAUCCACACCUGCAGCCAUAACGUUCCUCGGGGUUUGGUGAUAAACGGCUUUCUUUUUAUUUGUGAUAAAAAUGUAUUAUAUUGCCUUAUUUAUUUUUAAUCUUGUACAAUAUUCAUGUACAAAUGUUAGAGCCAUUUGGGUAGGAUUCUCUCCAAAUUAUUUAUUUUAAGAUGCUCUGUAAAUAGUGCACCAGUUACAGGUGCUUCCUGUUCACUUGUACCAAAAAUGAGGAAAAGCCUGGCACCCGUGUCAGCCCCUGCUUGUGAUGCUUUGGCCCUUGGGAAAUGACCCUUUGUGUUCCCUUCUCAGCCCCAGCAUGCCUCCCGUGCCUGACAUCGUAGAAUAGAACACAGCCCCAGAAUGCUUCCAAAUGCUUCCACGGGCUGUGCCAACCUGGGACGGUCUAUACCUUCAGGUGUGUGUCCCCACACAUCCAGCAACCCAGUUGUUUCUCAGACUCCAAAGCCACCAGGGCUUCCGGACCCCCUUCUGUCAUAGAAGCAAUAACCAUAACUCUAUACCGCAGAGACAAGUUUGGCCCAAGCAGAUUGAUACUUCGGAAUCUACCCGUGCAUGUGAGUUUGCUAUAAAGGACUGGCAUUCCAGAUCCCCACCCCUCCCAGAAGGCCCAGCUCUAGCUUCUUGGUUCCUAGAGCCAGGAUUGGUACCCCAGAUAGCUGAGCAGACUGAG